CACGUCCCUUUUACACAGAGAGUUCAGGAGCUCAUCAACUUCUUAACUGGGACAAACCCUGAAGAAAACACAACCAUCACUUUUUUUAAAAAAUAUAUAUACAAAAAAAAACACAGACACACAACUCCCCACUUCGUUGCUCAGAUCGUGUAACCGAUUCAACGAUCUGCUGCAGUGAAUUGCCACCACUUCAGAGGGACUGAACAGCCAUCAGUAUGAGGAUCCAGUUUGCACCCAUCAACAUCCCUAUGAGUAGAAGGAUUCAGACGGUUGCUGUGUGCCAUUGGGUCUUUUCAUUUUUGUUCCUAGCCCAGUGCUGCCUGGCUGUCUUUGUGCUUCUUAUCCUGACUGGCUAUUGGUACAUUUCUGCUGUUUAUGCUGUUUGGCUCUAUCUUGACUGGGAGACACCUAAUCAAGGUGGCAGAAGGUCGGAGUGGGUCAGAAACUGGACGAUCUGGAGGUACUUCAGGGAUUACUUUCCCAUUCAUUUGGAGAAAACAGCUGAUCUGGAUCCACGGUCCAACUACCUGUUUGGAUUCCAUCCUCAUGGCGUCCUUGUUGCUGGAGCUUUUGGGAACUUUUGUACUGAGACCACAGGCUUUCGGAAAUUGUUUCCGGGGCUGACAUCCUAUCUGUGUACGCUACCUUUUUGGUUCAAGAUUCCCUUUUAUAGGGAUCACAUCAUGCUAGCAGGUCUUGUCUCUUCUGCGAAGAGCAGUGCUUCUCAUAUUUUAAGCCGGGAGGGAGGCGGUAACGUGGCUGUUAUUGUAAUAGGUGGUGCUGAAGAAUCUUUGGAUGCGAGACCUGGUGCACUAUCUUUGAAUAUCCUUAACAGGAAAGGAUUCAUUAAAUUGGCUAUAAAACGAGGAGCACAUCUGGUACCAGUCUUUUCCUUUGGGGAAAAUGAACUCUUUAACCAGGUAAAAAAUCCCAAAGGGUCGAUACUUCGGAGAGUCCAGGAAAGGCUACAGAAGAUAUUAGGAAUUGCCCUGCCAUUGUUUCAUGCCAGGGGUGUCUUCCAGUACAGUUUUGGGCUGCUCCCAUUUAGGAAACCUAUCUACACAAUAGUGGGGAAACCCAUCAUUGUGAAGCAGAACCAUACACCUUCAAAUGAAGAGAUUGAGGAGCUGCACAAAAAGUAUGUUGAAGAACUAGAUGAUUUAUUUGAAAAACACAAAGUUCAGCAUGGGGUUUUGGAAAGCGAUCAUCUCCUUUUCACUUGAUUUUUACUUUCAAACACCUGAGUUCAUGUGUGAAGUAAAAUUACACUCGGACUUUCCAUCCUUACCAAAGGCCCCUUGAGACAUAAGUUUUUUUCAAAUGGACUUUUCCAGCUGUAUCAAUGGUGGUAUUGAGGUGUAGUUAAUCUGACCUGGCUAACCGGGCUCAGGUCCAAGGAAAACUGGUUCAAGAGAAACAAUAGCACCUUGGAUAUGGUAUUGUGUACCCAUACUACCUUUGUACAAGGAAAUGUUGAUUAAUUCCAGUGUAAUGUACGUUUUAAAGAUGAACUUCAAUAUAGGAAUAGCUGAUAAAAUUUCCAUUUGGGUCACAGAUAUUUUUUUUGGAUGAGAACCAAUUUGUCAUUAAAAAAACAUCUUAACAUUCAUCCAUGACAGAGUGCCAACUAUCCUGUUACAAACUGAUUGGAAGCAACAGUAAAAAUUUAUACUAUGGCCUAUUUUGAGUGACUAUUAGUUUUACUGUUGCAAACAUUCUAUAAACACUAACAGAACACAUUCUAUACUUAAGAAGAAAACAGAUUGAUCCUAUAGUAAUCCUUGAUCUGAUACAGCAUCAAAUCUCAAAGUUGUUCACAAAAUUUUGUGAUUAUGUAUUUCGUGAUUAUGUAAGUUUUGUGAUUAUGUAUUUGUGGAUGAACGUGCAGGUCACAACUAAUAACAGCUUUGAUAGUAAACGGCAGACCCCACAGCUUGCAACAUUCAAGCAGCAUUUAGGAGCUAAAAUGGAGGUUACUGAGACUCCUUUGUUGAGCUAACAGAUUAACAGAUAAGAUUAUUUUGUUAAUUGGCAAUGUAGCAAAAUUAUCAGCAGUUUUGAUAAGAAUAAGUGCCUACAUCUGUACUAAGUUCCCCUUGUUGUAAAGAAGGGUGAAAACAGAUCAAAAGUUGACUGCAUGACUGUAAAUGACUAUCAGGUGCAAAUUCUCCUAUGUUCUCCAAAUACACCCUUCGCCAUGGUACAAUCUUUAAAAUGCCUCAAUAAAAUUAUGAAUAAUGAAAUUUGACUUGAAUUUGUAAAUCACUUGAAUUUAAGCAGUUUUGAAACACUAUCUGUAUUGUCCAAAGAGUGCCUUCCUCAAAGGCGUCAUUUGUUUUCAAGAAUGUAUUCUUUAAAAAUGUUAAAGCAACAGUGUAACUCUGAAUACUAUUGUUAUGUUUGUAUAGCUAUUUUCCCUAUCUAUGAACAUUGUCUACCUCAGUAAAACACCCAACGGUAACGAAUAUGAUGUUAUUCAUCUCACUUAAUAGUUGUAUAUGUAUGUCAUUUUCUUAAAUAAAGCCAGAACACAUUUUGCAUGUUCCGGCAAUUUUUCCUUCCCAAA